GAUGGGCUAUAAAUGCAGUUCAGCCGUCGAUUGUCAGUGGGUUAUGCGGAAACGAUAAACUCAUUGGGAAAACUUAACUAAAAAGAAAAUUAGCUAUAUGCCGUAAAAAGCAAACCUAGCAGUCUCUUGACAUCGCCACAACCGCCCUAUAUAGACACUUCGUUUAGGGUACGAUAAUGAUCAGUCGACAUUCCUGUAACAUUGUUUGAACAUACGGGACGGGAGCGAACCUCCGGAACGCAUGGGAAAUACUUAUACAGGAGACAGGCUAGAUUAGAGGCUACACAUGUUUAGACAGAGGUAUCCGUAGGCAAUAGUCGAUUCUUCUCAUCUUCACCGCUUCUCGCAGUUUCCAUCAUGGCGUAUGCUGCAUAUUGGACCAGCCUUCAGAGAACAGGUCCUAGUACCACGCUUGGAGAGCAGCAGGUGGAUGGCCGGUCUUAUAAUACUCGAGCUGCUGCAGCUUCUAAGGCUCAGCAGAGAACAGGUCCUAGUACCACACUUGGAGAGCAGAAGGUGGAUGGCCGGUCUUAUAAUACUCGAGCUGCUGCAGCUUCUAAGGCUCAGUCGCAGCCCAGACAAUAUUCACCCACUUCAGUGGCACAGGUUGCUGUGAAUCCAGCACAAUUUGAGAGUGCAUCUGCCGCCUCAACCAUGGCUACGAAGCCAGGUGGAGCCAUGGGUGGAGCCACAGGAAGUGGUGUCGCAGCGGGAGGAAGUCCUACUACAGCCGGGACAAUGCAGAGAGGAACGGCCAAAGUGAUGAUGCCAGAGACGGCACUUGUCUCUCCUAACACUGCGGCAGCAGGUGCUACUAUUAUUGACAUACCAACACCUGGGACCAGAGGCAGUCCUAAAGACACCCCAAAGACUGCACCCAUGCAACCUGCCAAAGCUACACCUCCUACCCCUGGAGGAGUAAAUAUUGUAGGAGUGGCGGCGACACCGUGGAAAGCUGAAGUACCGAAGCUCAAAGAGUCUCCGAAACAGACAGCCACGGUAGAUGGCAGACAGUCGAUGAGUGUGGUACAGGUGGAGGUAGGUCCCCCAGCAGCCAAGACAGCCAAAGCGGAGCUUGCUGCGGACCCCUUCGAUGCCCUGGCUGAUUUCUUGCCCUCGUCAGAGCCUCUCCCCGCUGCAGGCCCUGUAUACACCGGGCCAGAGGUGAUAGAGCAUGGCUUGACCCAUCAGGAAGCAGUUAUAUGUGGGGGGAACAACUGCCCACUGCCCCCAGCAUACCGAUUUGAGGACAUGGCCCCUGUUGCAGAUGUCAAGCCAAAGGAUGUCCCGAAACCCAUGAGCACAGAUGAUGCUCUGGACUCCCUCUCCUUUGGGUUCACGACCUCUACUGCUCCCAUCCCUCAGAAACAGGAGAAGAAAGUGGAGGACUUGGCUGCCAUUGAUGCCUUGUCUGCUGGCUUCUCCAACUUCGCUCCACCUCCAACCGCUCCUGUCAAGAAAGCUGAGUUUAAGUCUACUGUUGUGACCAAGUCUGCUGCUCCCACCGCAGACAUGAAAGCUAAGGUGGAAAAGUUGGCUGACUCCCCACUGGACACCAAGCCUAAGACAGAUAAGGGUAUGUCCCUGGAUGCCCUCAGUGCUCUGGGAGACACUCUGGCUGCUCCAGAACCAGCGCCUGAACCUCCCAAGAUCAGACCUGAGGACAUUGUCACGGAGGGCAAACUGACAUCAGAGGCGGCUGUGUUUGUGGGUGAGAGGGACGACACUCUCCCACCAGAGUACAGGUUCAGAAAGGACAAAGGCAAAGACCUGCCUCCUCCCAAGAAAGAGCCCUCCAUGGACUCUGGUGAGGCUCUGGACAUCCUGUCAGGUGACUUCAUGUCUUCCUCUGUGGCUCCAGCUGUCCAGGCUCCUGUCCUCUGCCCCCCAGCUCCUCCCACACAGGCCAAAAUAGAUGAAUUAUCAGCCCUGGAUGCCUUGGCUGGAGACUUUGUGGCCCCUACUAAGGCCUCUGCUGUACAGGCCCCCGUGUUGCCUCACCUCGACAAACCCCCACAGAUAGCCAUCUGUACAUUUGACCUUGAAGCCCCCAACAUGGCCCCUACUAAACCCGCAGCCACUACUAAACCCGCAGCACCUACUAAACCCGCAGCACCUACUAAACCCGCAGCACCUACUAAAACCACCACUGAUGAGGGUAUGUCCCUGGAUGCUCUCAGUGCUCUGGGAGACACUCUGGCUGCUCCAGAACCAGCGCCUGAACCUCCCAAGAUCAGACCUGAGGACAUUGUCACGGAGGGCAAACUGACAUCAGAGGCGGGUGUGUUUGUGGGUGAGAGGGACGACACUCUCCCACCAGAGUACAGGUUCACAAAGGACAAAGGCAAAGACCUGCCUCCUCCCAAGAAAGAGCCCUCCAUGGACUCUGGUGAGGCUCUGGACAUCCUGUCAGGUGACUUCAUGUCUUCCUCUGUGGCUCCAGCAGUCCAGGCUCCUGUCCUCUGCCCCCCAGCUCCUCCAAAACAGACCACAGAUGACUUUGCCUUGGAUGCCCUGGCAGGGGAAUUUGUAGCCCCAGCUGUUGCCCCUGCAGUCAAAUCUGCUGCUAACCGCCAGCUGUCUACAGGGACGGUAGAUGCUCUGGAUGCCUUGUCAGACACCCUGAUGGACAUGACUCCUAUCCCAGAGCCUGUUCCCGUCUCAAUUAAGGACAUUGUCAAGGAGAAGAAAAUCAUGGAGGAGAGGCUUAUCAAGAUGGGGGAGAGAGAUGACAGCCUUCCAGCUGAGUACCGGCCCACAGAGGAAGACCUAAAGGCAAUGGCAGAGGCCAAAGUCCAGGCUGAUCUUAGACCCAAGCAGCCAUCUAUGGAUGACAGCAAUGCCCUCGACCUCUUGUCUAGCGACUUCUCUUCCUCAGCUGGUCCUGCUGCAACCUCAGUAGUGGUGACAACAAAGCAGACACAGCCCAGUCUGGAGCCCAUGUCUGGCCCUGUUCUGGAUGACCUGGCAGGCACCCUGCUCCCAGAUGCCCCUGAGUUCAAAUCCAAAGGAGACAAGCCAAAGAGCAACAGCAAGUCACGGUCUAAGUCAAAGAAACAACAGGAGGAGGACCCAUCAGCCAUAGACCACCUGUCUGGAAAGCUGAGUUCAGACGUAGUGCCAGGAUCCAAAACUAAGGGUGGCAAGAGCUAGACCUCUAGGUUUCUAGCGCACUACAUGUCCCCUGCCACAUGGAGGCGCCACUAGAGGGAGCUGCUGUGAACGAUGAUUCUAUUUUUCUAAAUGGUGGAGAAUGUAUACUGGAUGAAAAACAAACAUGACCACACACACACUUACACACACACACACUGUGUGCAACGCCUUUCCUGCUUGGUUUCGCACAUGACAGAAGAUUGUACUUGUUUUGGUUUCUUUCCUUUGAGAUGAGGAGAGCAAAAUAAAGAGAGAGCGAGAGAGAGAAAGAGAGAGAGCAUCUGUCCAAUCCUGUGAGGAAAAUAAAAUGGAGGUGUUGCCCACAAGUGGCCUGACUGACUGUCCAUCCUAGCUAACAGUCUGUAUUGCCCCAAUGUUGCAGUGACGUUGCUUCAACAUUGCUACAAUGUUGGGUAAUAGUGAGCGUGAUCUGGGUUUAGGAACAGUAUAUAGUGGGUAUAUAGGAUUGUGAUGUCUGUGCAAUCUUGUUUUACACAGAAAAGCGAGUUUUCUGUUAUGUGGACUGCCAACAUAAGACACUAGCAUACAGCAUAGUCUGCUUAGUUUGAUGAUAACACUUAGUUUACAAUAUUGAAACGUGUAAAAGGAUUUACAGGAAAUGAUCUGCUUGGUACGGAUACAUCUGAGAGCUCAUGCAAUUCUAUAUAUUUACUUUCUGUAAAGCGAUAUCUAUCAAGAAGGGUCUAUAUGUGUGUACUUUGCCUCGUAGAAGAAUGUAUUGGUUUCCGAAAGUGCACUUACAAGUAAACUUGGGUGGUCACUACCUCUGUAAACUGCUUUUGUUUGUAUACUGUAAAACACAGUCCCAAGGGCUUUCACUUCUACUCAAAAAGCUGGUAUGACAGAAUUCUACAUAUAGUAUUUCGGUGCAGGUCUCAAACUCAAAACUUGAGAGAUAUUUUGGAAAUGGGAAUUCUAAUUUAAUAAAAAUAUAUGUGAAAAAUAAUUGGUUUGCUGUGUGUAUUCAGUAUUCAAGUGUCUGUAGUAACUACUUGUGCCUCAACAACCGAAAAACAGAAACACAAUUUUUGUAGCUAACAUGGGGUAGCCUAAAUGUACUUUGCCAAUAAAAUGGCAAUAAGAAAAUGCCAAAAACAAUUAAUGACAGUAGUAGGAUACAUAAUUUGUAGGAGGGUCAUUUGGUAUAGGCAACUUACUGUAUAUUUUGUUGCAGUAAAGGGAAUACUUAUAUAUAUUUUAGAAAGGAUUUCACAUGUAAUAUUAGGAAAAUCUUUCUAUUGUCCGAAGCAGCUCAGUAGUUUUUAAAUUUUGUUUAGUUUUACAAUGCUGUUCCCUCCUCUGACAUUGGUGGUUUUUAGAGUGCAACAGCCUUGGACGCUUGUGGAGUAGAAUUUGAAUAGAUUUAAAGUGUUGUAAACAAAAAAUUAUAAUAAAAAAGCUUUGUAGUUUUACCA